GGCGGAUUACAACAGGAAGCAGCCGUCCGUCACAUCAAGGGGUCGGAAAACAGAAAUGCUUCAUUUUUCUUUGACUUCUAACUUUCCUCUCAGCUCUUCGUCGUAGAAUAAUAAAGCAUGGCUGGUUCCGAAGCUGCAGACGAGCAGAAGUUCUGCUUGCAGGAGGUGCUCGACACGUACAGGCUGUGUCUGUCUCCAGAGAAGGAGGUCUACCUGGAGCACUACGUCGCUGGCUGGAGAGGCCUUGUAAAGUUUCUGAACAGCUUGGGAAGUGUCUUUGGAUUUAUUUCUAAGGAUGCUGUCACCAAGAUCCAGAUCCUGGUGGCCCUCUUGAACGGUGAGAACGGCUCGCAGUAUUCCACCCUGCAGUCCAUGGUCAAAUACGAGCUGGACAACGGACUGGUGGAUCUGACCAAGAGGGGACCGCACCCAGAUUCGGGCUGCCGCACUCUGCUGAGGCUCCACCGAGCACUGAGGUGGCUGGAGCUCUUCCUGGAACGCCUCCGCGUCAGCACCGAGGACAGCAAGACGUCCGCCUUGUGCGCUGAAGCCUACAACGAGUCCCUCGCUCAGCACCACCCUUGGGUGGUCCGAAAGGCGGCGGGCAUGGCGUUCCUUGUGCUCCCCGGGCGUCCCACUUUUUUCGAAGUGAUGAACGUGGGGCCCCCGGAGCAAGUUGUGUCCAUGCUGGGGGAGGCUGUGCCCCUCAUCUCUGAGGUGUAUAAGAUUACAGAGGAACUUUAUGCUGAGCAUAAUCUGCUUGAUUUACCUUAAAAAGUAAGAAGUUCAAUUUCCUGCCAUCUCAUACAUAAUAGUCUGCAACUGUUCCUACUGAAGAGCAAUUGACCAAGCUGCCUCCACUUUGGGGGGAUUUGAAGGUUGUGUGUCACUGAAUGUGAGUUCAUCCACUUGUGGAUAAACUUGCAUGAACCUACUCUGUACCAUUUUUAUUGUACAAAGCUGCAUGCUUUGUAUUUACUUGACAUAAUGCACUUUUUAAAUCUUUUAAAUGUACAGUUCCUUUAAUCGUGAUUGAAUUUUAUGUUAAACAGAGGAAUGAAACGAGUCCAGAUGACUUCCCUCUAUGGAAAAAGCUGAUUUACCAAACAAAAAAGAUCAAGUUGAUCUGGAGCCUCUUUUUGAUAUUGAAGUUUUUAAGUUAGUGGCAUUUUCAGAAAAUCCUGUUUGGCUCUUAAAAGAAAACCCACGCCUCCUCAGUUGUAUCACAAAAGGUUCUGAAGUAAUUGAAGUUAUGAGACAACAAAAUCUUCGUUGAGAUCAUUUUCACUUUUUCCUCAGUUUUUUUGAUUCUUCAGUUCAGAAUAUAAAUAGUUUUGUCAAAAAAAAACUAUUUAACUGAAUAUAAAUAUACUGAUAGCUUUUUGAGUUUUCUCAGAAACAUAUGGAAUCAAUACUCUACAAUUCGCUGCUGAAUGAAUGAAAUGAAAGUCACAGAGGUCUGUACUGUAAACAUUCUCAAUGCAGUUUUCAUUUGCUGUACAAAUGAAAACUUAAGCUGUGUUUUUAUGUGAUGUACUUGUUCAUGGGCAUUAAUUUAAAUACACUAAAGCACCAAUUUUGAAUGAUUCUGUUUACAAACGUCGUGGUUGCUGAUCAUUCGCACAUACAUAAUUAUUUAUUCACCUGAAUAAAAUGUAUUUCA